CAUGCGUGUAAUUCAGCUGCGCACCGCCUCCUUCCGUGAGCAGAGGGGGAGGGGGCGACGUCAGUGUUUGUGUGGAAGAUGGCGGAGGCUGCGGCGGUUCCACAGCAUCGCUUCUUCUGUCACUGUUGUAAAGGUGAAGUCAACCCUAAACUCCCGGAGUACAUUUGCCCCAGAUGCGAGUCGGGGUUCAUUGAGGAAGUGACAGAGGAUUCCAGUCUGCUGGAGGGUGGAGCCGCGGGGAUUAACGAUGACGUAGCCACACAGUUCGCCGAGCUCUGGCACCUGCUGUUCGUGGAGCGCUCGCCGCCCUUCGCCGCCGACCCGGACGGCCUGGACUCGGACCCCCGGGUCUCCGGGGGCGGGACGGCGGGGGGGGGCCCCGUCGGGGGCGGCUCGGGGGGACUCCAGGGGUCCCCGCUCGGCGGGGCGGAGCACUGGGGGCCGGGACGCCCCCCUCGCCUCCACAGCCAGAGGAGGUACCGGUCCCGGGGCACCAGCCGACCCGACCGGUCGCCUGCAGUGGAAGGGAUAGUACAGCAGUUUUUGGCUGGUCUGUUCGCCAACUCUGGAGGACCUGGGUCGCCCCCGUUGUCAUGGACGGGCAUGCUGCACUCGAACCCGGGGGACUACGCCUGGGGCCAGGGGGGCCUGGACGCGGUCAUCACGCAGCUGUUGGGCCAGUUUGAGAACACGGGCCCGCCGCCAGCAGAGAAGGAGAAGAUCUCCUCCCUCCCCACAGUCAUCGUUUCUCAGGAACAGGCCGACUCGAGUAUGGAGUGUCCGGUGUGUAAGGAGGAUUACUCGGUGGGAGAGCCCGUCCGGCAGCUUCCCUGUAACCAUUUUUUCCACAGCGGCUGCAUAGUGCCCUGGCUAGAAAUGCACGACACGUGUCCCGUGUGCAGAAAGAGCCUGAGCGGGGAGGACCACAGCGGCCAGCUUCCCCCAGAGCCCGCCUCCCACAGCACUGAGCCCCGCCCACAGGAGAGGUGGUCCUUCUGAGAGAGCCGCCCCUUCGUCCCUCCGCCUCCGCCUCCUUUCUAUCUCGCUCUGCGGACACUGGAGAGAGACUGUUUCCAUCUCCCCCCCGCUCCUCCACACCUCCGUUCAUCCCCCUCUUCCGGCUGCUGUCGUCUGUGUGCGCACUCUCUCUCUCUCUCUCUCUCUCUCUCUCUCCCCCUCCCGCGGUCCUCUCCGCCUCAAGCGGCCGCCGCGUCCGACCCCCCCCCCGCGCCCCUCCUCGUCUGAAACCCGAACCCCGCGUGGACUUCCGGAGGCUUCCGGAACCUUCCGCGGCGGUCCGUCGAGCCGGUUUCUCCUCUCCCCCUCUCGCGCGGUCCCAAACGCACCGGGGAGCGCUUUGGGCGAAUGCGCGCGCCGUUGCGGGGUCCCCCUCCCCAUCUCUUUUUCUCUCCUCCUUUUCUACAUCCCCCUCUCUUUCCGCGCGCACGCGGCAGCCUCGCCGUCCUCUCAUCCCUCCAUCCUUUCAUCCCUUUGUCGUCUGAAGCAGGGGGUCUUGCUCACCCUAUACCUCCCCCUGUCUUUACACUUGCCCCCCCCCACCCCCCCUCACAUAUGGCUAUCCUGCUGUCUUGUAUAUAUUAUACAACAGCAGGUCCUUAUUUCUUUGGUGAACAUUUCGUUUUUUUUUUUUUUGUUUGUUUGUUUUUUGUUUUUUGUUUUUUUUCGCUUUCUUUUCAUCUCAAUCACUCUAUUUUUUUAAUGUAAAUAGUUUUAGUCCAACAACUGGUUAAUACGAAGCCCGUCGAGGAAUAUCAAUGAGGGACCCUCAGAAACGUUAUGAGGCCUGCGUGUGUGUGUAUAUGUACGUGUACGUAUAUAGAGGCACUUAUAUAUGUACAUGUAUGUAUAUAUGCCUAUAUGUCUGUGUAUAUAUGUGUAUGAAUAUGCAUAUAUAUGUAUGACAAAGAAUUAAAUCGAGACAAAAGGAAUAAAAAAUGAUAACGCAUUGAUAA